CCCUCCGAUAAGAAAAGACCAGGACGGCGCUUCAGGUCCUCGUUAAGCGCCUCAACCGAAGUCGUUGACCGCCCCCCCCCCGCGCUUUAUCUCGCUUUAGUUCGGUCGCAGUCUUUUAAAACGGGUUUAUUUUAGUUCUUAAUUAUGGCGACCGCUACUCCGACCGGUCAGAGGAGCACGUGCGGCACUCCGAUGAGCUCAAACAGGAUCACCCGGCUGCAGGAGAAGCAGCAGCUCCGGGACCUCAACGAUCGCCUGGCGGUUUACAUCAACAAGGUCCGCAGCUUGGAGUCGGAGAACGACGUCCUCCACCUGCAAAUCAACGAGAAGGAGGACGUGAGGAGCCGCGAGGUGACCGGCCUGAAAGCCCUCUACGAGACGGAGCUAGCGGACGCCCGGAGGAGCCUGGACGAGUCCUCCAAGGAGCGGGCCUGGCUGCAGAUCGAGCUGGGGAAGAUCCAGAGCGAGCACCAGCAGCUCCAGCAGAACUACAACAAGAAGGACUCUGAGGCGGCGGGGGGGCAGGCCCGGCUGAAGGACCUGGAGGCGCAGUUCCACUGCAAAGAGGCGGCGCUGGCCACGGCGCUGGCCGAGAGCAGAGGCCUGCAGGCCGCGCUGGCCGAGCGGCGGGAGCGGCUGCAGGAGCUGGAGGCCGGGCUGGAGCGCGCCAAGAAGAACCUGGCGGACGAGACGCUGCUGCGCAUCGACUUUGAGAACCGCUGCCAGAGUCUGACGGAGGAACUCAGCUUCCGUCAGAGCAUGAUCGAAGAGGAGGUGAAGGAGACCCGGCAGCGGUUGGAGACCCAGCUGGUGGAGGUGGACUCCGGCCGGAAGGUGGAGUACGAGUCCAAACUGACUCAGGCCUUGACGGACCUGAGGGCCCAAAACGAAGAGCAGAUCGGCCUCUACAGGGAGAACAUGGAGAGCACCUACGUCACCAAGGUGGAGGACCUGCAUCGGCUGUCUGAGAUGAACGGCGCGUCGGCCAGCUCGGCCCGAGAGGAGCUGCGUGAGGCCGGCCUGAGGACCGAGAGCCUCAGCGCCCAGCUGGCAGGGAUGCAGAAGGAGACUCGUGGCUGGCGCGAGCGCGUCGCCGAGCUGGAGGCGGCGAUGUCUCAGGAGAAGGACAAGAGCCGCAAGCUGCUGGCGGAGCGAGACCGCGACCUGGCGGCGCUCCGGCUCCAGAUGCAGCGGCAGCUGGACGACUACGUGCAGCUGCUGGACGUCAAGCUGGCGCUGGACAUGGAGAUCAACGCCUACCGCAAGCUGCUGGAGGGGGAGGAGGAGCGGCUGAAGCUGUCUCCCAGCCCGUCGGCUCGCGUCACGGUGUCUCGAACCUCGUCCAGCAGCCGCAGCGUUCAGACCUCCAAGGGCAAGAGGAAGCGGCUGGAGGUGGAGGAGCAGGAGGCCAGCAGCUCGGUGUCCAUCGCGCACUCCGCCUCGGCCCUGGGGCCCGUCAGCGUGGACGAGAUCGACACCGACGGGAAGUUCAUCUGCCUCCACAACAACGGAGACGAGGACCAGGCGAUGGUCGGUUACGAGAUGAUGAAGACGAUCGGAAAGGACACCGCCACCUACAAGUUCACGCCCAAAUUCGUCCUGAAGGGCGGCCACAAGGUCACGGUGUGGGCGUGCGAUGCCGGCGUGAGCUCCAAGCCGCCCACAGACCUGGUGUGGAAGAGCCACUCCUCCUGGGGGGCCGGGGUGGACGUCCAGGUGGGGCUCGUCAACCCUCAGGGAGAGAAUGUGGCAAAGAGAAUCACAACAUACAAGACGGCAAUUGAAGAAGAAGAAGAGGAGGAGGACGAUGGCGUGGAGGCCGUCGAUGAAGAACUCUUCCACCAGAAGGGAGACCCUCGCACCGCCAAGAGGGGCUGCUCCGUCAUGUGAAGCACCGCCUCCACCCCCCUGAGCCCAGUCUGCUGCCAACUCUAACACUAGAACUAUUUUUCUAUUUUUUGUAGCGUAUUCACAAGAAAGAAAUAGGUUUUUAUUUCUCUUGUUGAUAGAAAACAAAUUCUAAACUGCUUUUUUGGGAGAUGUAUUUUCACCUGCUGUUCGAACACUGUUUGUAUUUGUAGUUCCGGUUUAGUUUUUUUAAACCACGUUUAAACUCGAGGACCGACUUGUGUCUUUAAAAAAAAAAAAAAAAACGAGUAUGCGAUUUUCCUUUUUAAUGGAUUUUAAUUUUGUUUAUCUUAUUAUAUUACUGAUGCAAGAAAAGCGGCAGGGUGCUGGAGACUUGAUCCCACUACCCGCGUGUAUUUAAAUAAGUUGACUAAGCACUGAAAGUACAAGUGUCAGGAAGAAAUACAUUAGAAUCGGACGGAUUGUAAUCUGUUCAUUGUUCAAUCAUUCUUUUAGAAUUCUUAGACAAAAGAAAUGAAAUAGCGUUUUAUUGUUUGAUUGUAUUCAUAAGACGGAGGACUGAUGCCCCCGGGGGCCACCGCGAAAUGAGAAGUGUUGAUUGUAUUUAGGGCUGGGCAACGAUUACAAUUUUUAAUCGCGAUUAAUCGCAUGAUUUCCCUGAUUAAUCGCAUUUGUAUACGCAAAAUCCAAUAAUUAAUUCAAAAGUAGUGUAUAGCGCACUUCUAUUUUAAAUGUUCUGCCAUAUGAACUAAAGUGCCAUAAAAUCUGUCAGGACAUUGUCAAACGCAGUGAUGCAGAGACACUGACAGAGCGCUGGAGACUGUGAAGCAGGGACAUGAUCAAAGGCAGUCGUCUCGCAGCAGCGAUCAUCUCUGGUGCUCUAUCUGUGCUCAGUGUGGUGACUUUAUUUGACACAUUCCACUGCUGUGCAACUUCAGUAAAGUGUCAGCAGAAUGUCUCCUCUGUUCAUCAGUCAGGGCAUGUGAAUGCAGCGCCCACUUCUCAUCAAUAUAAUGCUCAGUCACUCCGAGGUCAUUGUGGUCACCGAGGGAUGUCCAGUGAUAUUUAAGACUGGAAGUACUCCGGUGAUAAGACGAUUCAUCUUGGCAGUGUUACAUAUGACUUUGUUUCUGUCGACUCCGCCGUCUUUAAGAACUUUAAAUUGAAAAUGGCCAUUUAAAAUCUCCGUACUCCUCUCCAUGUUUGUUAAACCGCGAAUGACUUUCUUUUCCGGUUCCGCAGCAAUCAGAAGCAGACUUUUACAAAAUAAAAGCCUGUGAGCAACAAACUUUUACAAGAAUAAAAUAAAUAAUAAAACAUGCGUUAACGCGCGAUAAAAUAAUUGUCGGCGUUAAUUAAUUGAUGCGUUAACGCAAGAUUAAUGCGUUAAUGUGCCCAGCCCUAAUUGUAUUCUUUUGAUAUUUGAAGUGUUUUGAAGUACUUUGUGUGUUGUGUUGCUAUGCAUGCUCGGCCUGUUAUCAUCUUAGUUGAAUGAUUAAAAGAAGUUUUCUCCUGUA